AUGCCGAGUCCCCGGAGGAGCGUGGAGGGACGGCCGCUGGGCGCCUCCGCCUCGAGCAGCAGCAGCAGCCCCGGCAGCCCGGCCCAUGGCGGCGGCUGCAGCAGGUUCGAGUUCCAGUCCCUGCUCAGCAGCCGCGCUCCGGUCGCGGACCCCACCUGCGCCCGGCUCCGCGCGUCCGAGAGCCCCGUGCACCGCCGCGGCUCCUCCCCCCUGGCCGCCCCCGGCCCCUCGCAGGGGGCCCCGCUGCCCGAGGAGGACCGCAUGGACCUGAACCCUUCCUUCCUGGGCAUCGCCCUGCGCUCCCUGCUGGCCAUCGACCUGUGGCUGUCCAAGAAGCUGGGGGUGUGCGCGGGGGAGAGCUCGUCCUGGGGCAGCGGGCGGCCCCUUAUGAAGCUGCUGGAGAUCUCCGGACACGGCAUCCCGUGGCUGCUGGGCACCCUCUACUGCCUUUCCAGGAGCGACAGCUGGGCCGGGCGCGAGGUGCUGAUGAACCUGCUCUUCGCCCUGCUGUUGGACCUGCUGCUGGUGGCCCUGAUCAAAGGGCUGGUCCGCAGGCGCCGCCCGGCCCAUAACCAGAUGGACAUGUUUUUCACCCUCUCGGUAGACAAGUACUCCUUUCCCUCUGGCCAUGCCACAAGGGCUGCCCUGGUGUCGCGGUUCAUCCUGAAUCACCUGGUGCUGGCCAUUCCGCUGAGGGUGCUGGUGGUACUGUGGGCCUUCAUUUUGGGCCUCUCCAGGGUCAUGCUGGGGCGGCACAAUGUCACCGACGUGGCUUUUGGCCUUUUUCUGGGCUACAUGCAGUAUAGCAUCGUGGACUAUUGCUGGCUCUCACCCCACAACGUGCCGGUCCUCUUUGUACUGUGGAAUGAACCAUGA